CCGUAUUAAAAACAAUUUUAGUUUUGAAUGAUGGUGGAACUGUGAGCGGUUUUAAGACAAAAAAUAUUAAAUUUGGGGGAACGGGUGGUUUAUUAGUGAGUAAAUGUGCUACAUUCGUCAGGUUUCAUGGAAAGACGAUCCGGCUCUUUUCCGUCUGUAAAUAGUUAGACUCUCCACUCCCUCCACCGAGCCUAAAACUUGGAUCACGCUGUCCCAGUUAUCAGUUAUUCACUACUCAGACUUUCAGGUUUCAGUUAGCUCGCAGGUUUUAAGACGGUAGUUCCGAGAACGCCCAUCCUAAUACUACGUCGUUAUAGUUUAAAUUCUUUUCGUAGGGUUUCGGCUUUUUUUUUCUGUUUUAUUUAGCCGACAAUGACGAGCGUGGUGCCGAGACUGAGCUCCGUUCUUCGCACGAGGCCUAUUUUCUCGUCGAAAAAGCUAGCCAGGAAUUAUUUCGGCUACAGCCGGGAAAUCGCACAGCCCCUGAACCGAGAGCCUGUAUGGGUCACUCCUGAGGAAGCCGUCAAAUGCAUAGAAUCAGGAAACACUGUAUUUCUGAGCGGGGCUGCAGCCACCCCUAUAACCCUAGCAAACGCUAUGACGAAGUAUGGAGAGCAGGCCAAGUUAACUGAUGUCACAGUUUGCCACAUGCAUACAGAAGGGCCAGGAAGCUAUUGUGAUCCUAAAUUGUCAGAUGUGUUCAGGUCGGUGUCGUUUUUCAUGGCAGCCAACGUGAGGAAGGCCGUAGCGGAAGGGAGGGGUGAUGCAAUACCUAUUUUCCUCCAAGAUAUACCGCAGCUCUUCUAUAGAGGGAUAUACAAGCCUGAUGUGUCUAUUGUGCACGUUUCACCUCCUGAUAACCAUGGUUUUUGUAGUUUAGGCACAAGUGUUGACUGCGUUCGAGCUGCUAUGACACAUUCCAAAAUUAUUAUAGCUCAAGUAAACAAACAAAUGCCAAGGACAUUUGGGGAUAGCAUUGUCCAUAAGUCCCACUUUGACUUUGCAGUCAACGUUGAUGACAAAUUACCUCAACACGGUGGUGGUAAGCCAACACCAGAGGAAGAAGCAAUAGGAAUAUUAAUUGGGGAAAAUCUCAUUGAGGAUGGCGCUACAUUGCAACUUGGCAUCGGAAGCAUCCCUGAUGCUGUGCUUGCUCACCUUGAAUGUUACAAGGAUCUCGGCGUGCACACAGAGAUGUUUUCUGAGGGUGUUAUCAAUCUAGUCGAAAAAGGUGUCAUAACAAACAACAAGAAACCAAUACACAGGGGGAAAAUUGUUUCAUCAUUUUUGAUUGGUACACAGAGAACUUAUGACUUCAUCAACAAUAACCCAAUGGUUUUGAUGAAGGAAGUUAAUUACACAAAUUCCACUUCAAUUAUUAGGCAACAUCCAAUUAUGACUUCAAUCAACUCUUGCAUUGAAGUAGAUCUGACUGGUCAAAUUUGUGCAGACUCAAUUGGGACAAGAAUGUACAGUGGUUUUGGGGGUCAAGUUGAUUUUAUCAGAGGUGCUGCUGAAGGUUUAGAUGGAAGGGGCAAACCUAUUAUUGCUCUUCAAUCAAUGAAUAAAAAAUCACGAGAGAGCAAGAUUGUGCCGUCACUCAAAGAAGGAGCUGGAGUCGUUACGACUAGAGCUCAUGUCCAUUAUGUUGUUACUGAGCAUGGUAUCGCUUCUCUUUUUGGAAAAACCCUUCGUCAGAGGGCGUAUGCAUUGAUCAAAAUCGCUCACCCUGAUCACAGAGAGAACCUUGAAAAGCAGGCUUUCCAAAGACUUAAAACUAUGCCAUGCCCUUAGAAAAAAACAAAAAGCAAUAAAGAAAGUCUUUAUUUUAUACACCCCAAAUGUUGAGUAACAAUAAAAAUGUCUAAAUUUAAAAAAAGUACAAAAUUUGUAAAUUUAUAAAGUAAAUGCUUCCAUUUCAUGGUGAAAAUGCAAUCAUAUAGAUAUUAACUAUAGCUCACUAUCAGAACAAUUUUGUAUGUUAAAGUUAAAUACUCUUUUAUAAACAAUUGUUCAGAAAAUGAGAAAGCACGACUGUUUUGAAUAAAAUAUAAAAACCAAUAAA